AUGAAUUAUUCUCGCUCUAUAAAUUCUUUCAAUUCGUUUAAUUCAUUUAAAUUGCACCGAACUUUGGAGUUCGUCGUGACAAAUUUUUGUAGAUUACCAGCAAGAAAUCUAAGUUAUAGACAUAGUGAAACUUCAAGAUCAAAGAAUUUUGGUGAAGAGAAAUACAAAUAUAUAGGAAAAAUUAAUAAUCAAGGAACGAACAAAAAUCAAAGGAAAUUGACUCAAACCAAACCCACAAGAGAAAUUUAUAAUCAAAGAGCGGAACAAGACCGAAGUAAAUUGAAUAAAACCGAAUCAUUUGGGAAAUUUCAUAAUCAAGCAGACCAAAAAAAAUUUACGAGAACCGAAUCAAUUCAUAAUAAAGGAGAACAAAAUAAUUUGACUAAAACAGAAUCAAUAGAGAAGAUUAAUAAUCAAGAAGCGGACCAAAACCGACAAUUAAAGAUAAUUUCAGUUCAUGUACCCAGACAUAGAAAACCUCUUACUGAUGCAGAAUUUGGGUAUUAUUUAGCAGGUCUAAUUGACGGUAAAGGCACAUUCACAUCAAAUGGCGAGUUUCAAAUGUUGUUCCAUGAGUUUGAUUCAUCUUUAGCUUAUUUUAUAAAAGGAAAGAUUGGUUUUGGCAGGAUUCGCAAAAACGAAAUUGACAUUAACGAAAAAAGUACUAUAUAUUUUGUGUCAAGAUUGGAUGCUAUGAGUAGAAUAGCUACUUUAAUAAAUGGCAAAUGUCGAACAGAUAAGGUGGAAAUUUUUAAUGAAAUUAUACUUCCUCGUAUUAAUAAAGAAAGCGAGAAUCCUAUACCAGCCUUGACUAGAGAUGCUAAUUUACAAGAUCAAAAUUUCUGGAUGGCGGGAUUUAGUGAUGCAAACGGUUUUUUUAAAAUAAAAAUAAUGAACAAAAUUAGAUCAGGAAAUGACAUUAAACUCGAAUUUCAAGUUGAGCAAGAGGAUGGUUAUGGUUUAACCUCUUUCAAAGAUGCCUUUGGAGGAUAUAUCCGUUACGGGAAUCCUUGUUAUUACAAUUCUGUAGAUUUUGGACCCGCGUAUAAAAUUAUUAAUUAUUUUGACCACUUUCACUUGAAUUCAACCGAACAUAUCAAUUAUCUAAAAUGGCGCAAGGUUUAUUGUCUGAUGAUGGAAGAAGGUCACCUUACAGAACGUGGGCGUGCAAGAAUAGAAAAGUUGUGUAAAAGCUUGACUGCUUAUCCUUAG